GGUUCAUCUACACGGGGGACGUGGUCCACCGGAUGCUAACGGCUACACAGUACAUCGCUCCUCUGAUGGCGAACUUUGACCCCAGUGUCUCCAGAAACUCUACAGUCAUCUACUUUGACAACGGUACAGCUCUGGUGGUGCAGUGGGACCACGUCCACCUGCAGGACAACUACAACCUGGGGAGCUUCACCUUCCAGGCCACGCUGCACAACACCGGCAGGAUUGUUUUUGCAUACAAAGAGAUCCCCAUCGAGGUGUCUCAGAUCAGCUCUGUCAAUCACCCGGUGAAGGUGGGCCUGUCGGAUGCCUUUGUGGUGGUCCACAAGAUCCAGCAGAUACCCAAUGUGAGGCGGCGGACGAUCUACGAGUACCACCGCGUGGAGCUGACCAAGAUGAGGAUCACCAAUUCUACAGCUGUGGAAAUAUUUCCUUUAGCCACUUGUCUCCAGUUCACCAGCUGCAGCACCUGCAUCUACUCACAGAUCAACUUCAACUGUAGCUGGUGCCAUCGGCUCAACAG